AUGAGAUUCCAAACACAAAAAAUAUUUGACUUUAUUUCUUACCGUGAUAGAAUAAUACUCGAAACGUGUCAUCAAACAAUUGCUUUAUAUGAUUCUCAUUCAUUAAUUGGUAUAUGGCGUGAUACAAAAUACGCUUCUUGUAUGCUUUUGGAUUAUGUUUAUCAUGGAAAAUCAAAUUAUCUUGUUGGCUUAUCAUCAAUUGGAGCUUAUACUGAAGUAUGUUUAACUGGUUCUAUUGUUGAUUUAACAUUAACCUUAGCGGAUGGUUAUUCAUUAUGUCAUUAUAAAGGUUUAUUAGAAAUAAGUCAUGACGAAUAG